CAGUGGACAGCGCGAGUGACCGCACGUGUUCCAUAUUCAAAUAUUAAAAUACCGAUACACAUUUAUUUGGAAACAGUGUUUCAUCGAUAUUUUACAAUACAUUUGGAAAGAUGACGCGGCCCUAUCUUUUUGGAAUUGCGGUGCUCCUCGCAUGUUCCUGUCUGGAAGUCUCAUCGCGACCUUCAAAUAAUGACGCAACAGUACAGUAUGUACCAUUCUACGGAGGAGCCAAGGGCCAAUACUUAGAAAUAAAGAAAGACAACCUGGGUAGGAUAACUGGAGAGAAAAUAGUCUCCGAAGAAAACAUCAGUAGUGAAAACAUUCUCAAAAAUAACAGCGACGAGAAUCUCUUAGCAAAGGUCAUGGCUGCGAAUCUACAAAACCUUAGGACGCUUUCGACGAAUCUGCUCAAACUGCAUAGCCUCGGUCGCAAAACUGGUUCCUUGGGGAACGUGGAAAAAGCAAGGUAUAAGACUCAAUUAGCGUCGUUGGGUGAAGCUGCUUCCAACAUGAUUAAACUGAUAGAAGAAGUGAAUGAUGUCAAUAUGCUGUUCAAGAAGAAUACGUCUGUGAGGACUAAAGAUGAUGAGGAUGAUGAUUACGUGGCUGAAGAAGGCGUUGGAAUCGAAUCUGCCGAUAAUGAUGAUCCCGAUGAAAGUGACGGUUUCCUUGAUAAGGGAACUAUAGCUGAAGCCAAACCUGUCGGUCUCGCCGUAAUUGGAGAGCAUGGUCUAGCAGCGUCAAGACCUCUUGCUACAGCGGUUGCAGCUUCUGGAGUCGCACUUGCUAGGCCAAUAGCUACAGCUGUAGCUGGAGUAGACCCAACAGCUUUGGGCAUCAACUUCCAAGUCAACCAUUCGAGGAACUGAGUUACUUGAGCUAACUAGUAUAGCCAUGUUGUGCCUAUUAUUUGUAACUAGUUAAUAAUGUAUUUCCUUUAAUGGGACAAGCCCGUCACAUGGCACAUCCCCCGAAACCGCAGCAACGUCUGUAAGCCAGGAGCUACAGAAGGUUCAACCAUAAAAACAC